UUUGAACUCAAAGUGAAGUGUUUUAACUUUUUAGGACUUGUAAAUACGUAAUAUUAUUUAAUUUUGAUUAUAAUAACAACUUAUCCGUCAUAUCAUCCCAUCAGUUCCUCAUUGCCAACAGUAAAAACCAAUUGUUCAGUUUACUUACUAAGAAGCUAUUCAUAGUGAAUAAGAGGUUAACUUAAGUGAUUUGAGUGUGUCAAAUUAGUUAUCAGUUUUCUAGUCAGUUAAGUUUAACACAGUUAAUUAGUUACACUUUGGUCAACUAUUUAAUGUUGACGUGGUGAAGUUGCAUUGGUAAGGAGCAAGAAGAGGCAAACAAUGCUUAGUCCACAGUCAAUUUUUUUAAUGUUGUUUAUCAUCCCUGCAAUUGAGCCUGGAAAAGUUCACCCAGUUAUUUUUAUUCCAGGGGACGGAGGAAGCCAAGUUGAUGCUAAGCUUAAUAAACCUGAAGUCGUUCAUUAUAUAUGCACCAAGACUACAAAAGAUUUCUUUAACAUUUGGCUCAAUAUGGAGUUGCUGGUGCCAAUUGUAAUGGAUUGUUGGGUUGACAAUAUGAGGUUGGUGUAUGACAAUGCCACUCGCACCACCUCCAAUGCCCCUGGUGUGGAGUUGAGGAUUCCGGGAUGGGGCGACCCCUUUGUGGUGGAGUGGCUUGAUCCAACUAUGGCCUCAUCUGGAAGCUACUUUAAAGACAUAGGCAACGCUCUCACUAGCCUCGGUUGGGAGAGGAAUGUCAGCAUCAGAGGAGCCCCUUACGACUUCCGCAAAGCUCCUAAUGAGAACCAAGAGUUCUUUGUGAAGCUUAAGGCUCUAGUAGAAGAGACAUACAAGACUAACAACAACACUCCAGUCGUCUUGUUAGCACACAGCAUGGGCGGCCCGAUGUCACUGUAUUUUCUACACCAACAGUCGCAAAAGUGGAAGGAUCAGUACAUUAGGGCGAUGAUCACUCUGUCAGGGGCCUGGGGAGGAUCUGUUAAGGCGAUCAAGGUCUACGCUGUCGGAGACGAUCUUGGUGUGUACGUUCUACGUCAGAGCGUUUUACGCAACAUGCAGAUCACUGCCCCAUCAUUGGCCUGGCUCUUACCUUCUUCUCUAUUUUGGAAACCUAACGAAGUCCUCGUGGAAACCUACGAGAGAAAUUACACUUGGAGUGACAUGAAAGACUUCUUCCAGGACAUUGAGUACGAGGUAGCCUGGGAGAUGUGGAAGGACGUUUAUAAGUUUACUCUGGACUUCACAGCUCCAGGGGUUGAGGUGCAUUGUCUCCACGGUUACAAUGUACAGACUGUAGAAAGACUUGUCUACAAAAAAGGAAAGUUCCCCGAGGGCAGUCCCAGUUUUGUGUUUGGUGACGGAGACGGAACAGUAAACAAGAGGAGCUUAGAAGGUUGUCUUCACUGGAAGGGCAACCAAAAACAGCCGGUGUAUCACCAGACAUUCCCCAACAUGGAUCACAUGGAUGUGUUGAGUGAUGACAGGAUCAUAGAUUACAUUUCCAAAUUGUUUGCUUUCAAGCUGUGAUGUUAACGCUAGUUUAUAUUUUGAUCUCUCUCCGUCGAACAAAUAAGUCACUGGGUUCAUAAAAGCCAGCUUUUGUUAGCUGUACAGUAGGUUUUAAGUUAGUGUUCUAAAACCUAAAUACAAAAUACCAUUGAUUCUUGUUAGACCAAUACUGUUGGGCUGUUAAAUUGUGCAUAGUUAAUUUUAAUGUUCAUUUACCUGACAACCAAAUAUUAUGCUACUGAAUCACAAUAAUGAUUUUGUGACAAAAUUGGCCAUAUUUUGGCAAACAUUGCAGUUUGUUGGAAAACCAGUUUGGUUGGACUAUCACACAUAAGGCAGUCCCAGAUGUCUUACAUUUGUAGAAAGUGAAUGCUUUCCUAGCUGGUAAGGCAGAAGUUUCUUGUUUGAAGUCCAUUCCAAAAGUUAUGAGACGGUUUUGUCACAUUUUGUUGGGGUGUUAUUGAAUUUGUGUUUUCUCACAUUCCAAUUCUUAGUUUUAAGAGGUAAACCAAAAAAUAACCAUGUAUGUUGUAUUAUUAAGACCAGCAGUUCUGCAUUCUAUUUCUUAAUUCUUAACUACUCAUUAAAUGAGCCAAAGAAAAUAAAGUAGAACUUAUCACAUACAUGCAAGAGUGACAUGAUUUUUAAUUUUUACACUGUAAGAAAAAAACAUUAACUUAUUUUUAAUUGUAAAUAAAUCAAACCCAUUUGUGAAUACAUUUAUCUAUUUGAAACUGAUGCAUUAAGCUAUUUUAAAAUUAAUAUUAUAGAUUUUAAGAUUUUCUUAGGGUGCCAAAUUAUUAUGCUAGGUUAAUAUGGUCAUUUUAUAGUAAUGUUAAAUUUAGUGAAAGUAAUUGAAUGUUUAGUUUUGAGUUUUAUUACCUGGAAAUUUUACUUAAGUGUGUGACUUACAUUUGUAAUCCUAAAGCAAGGGAGAUUAUUAUUUAUAAGUUAUGAUCAAAAUAUCUUUGUUGCUGUGCUGAACCACAGAGAACUAAGGAACAGAGAAAACUUGCUUAUGGGACAACCGUGCGAUUUCAGCUCUGGUAUGUUGGGACGGAAAUAUACUUGUGACAAGCUUGAAAGAGCCCGAACGCUGAGCACUGUGCGGAAAUUCCUAUUGCACAAGGUCUUCCUCCACCUUGAGUGUUGCAGUACAUGAGGGCGAGAGGGGCGGUGCAGGACUGUGCCUUAGACACCAGCAAAGUGCUAGGCACCAUUUAAGUGUACCAUCCUCUGUUCCUUACUUCUCUGUGACUGUACAUAUAUAUUUAUAUAUGUAUAUAUUCGUAAGACAAACUUUACUUUGGAAUUGUUUUGAUAACUUGUCUUACAUUCCCCUGAUAUCACACAAUGAAUACAAACCCUUGAAGCGCAAUGCCUUUGUAAAAAAUUCUGUCUGGAAAUAUUUGAGUUUUUGAUGGUUCCCGCGGUGGCCGCUAGGUAGACUAUCGCGAGCACACGGCCAAGUCAGCUGACUGAGUGAGAGAGAGUGAGACAAAGAGUCUGUUUAGAAAGAGAGAGAAAUAUAGUAGCAUGGCCGCCAUGCGAGCGAUCGUAGCGGCGGCCGCACAAAGCUCAUUUUGGCGGCAAAAUUCCAGUCUGACUAUUCUCCACAAGCAUUUUGCUUCUUAAAGGGGUUGUAUUCAUUGUAUCAUAUUAAUAUUUGACACACUGGUGUCAACACAUAGUGGGAAGAUUCAGCAAAUUUAUAAACAAUACUUUUUCCAAAAUAGACCUCUAGUUAUUUGGAAACUCGGGUAUAUGGUUCCGCUAUCAUAUCAUUAUUCCAGUUAAUCAACAAUUUACUUGUAAUGAUGUCGAUUCCAAUAAAUUUCAAUUCGUGUUUCUUUAGGUUGUUAUCACAUUUUGAUUAAAACAUAAAAAUUAGUGGCAUUCAACACGAAGGGGCGUAAGUACAUUGUCUUAUCAAAUGUAUUCGUGCCCCUUCCUCGUGCAAAUGUUUAAUUGUAAUUCAUCAAAUACCAUUCAAUGUUUUUGGAUAUCAAACCUUAAGUACUAUUCAAACCCACAUUGUUUAUAACAGUAGUUUGAACUAUUUAAUAAAAAACCAUUAGUAAUAGGCCUAUUUAUUAAGGAAAAUCAAAGCUGUAAUUUAUAUAAUUUUUAGUUUUUUGUCCUUUAAGCAAUAUCUUUAAUGGAAUUAUUUAUGUUAUUUACUUUAUACCUAAGAAAAUUAGAUAUUAGUGGUUUGUGAUAGA